GACUGGUUCCCAACUCGGCAAUACAACAGUGAAGGCAAAAAUUCGAGGGACACGACCACAGAACGAGCACUGACCGUACCUAGUCGUCGCAACCAAUAUCGGUGCUUAGACAAGCCAUGAACCGAAGACAGAAUUUUCACCCAGAAAUUUCUCCAUUGAUCUCGUACUUGAUGACUUUUGAUUGUCUUUAAAAUCAACGUGGAGUUACCAACGAUCGAAUACACUUUUUCUUUAUCUGCUGGACGAACUGAAACUUGAGGAAAAUCAUCCGGAUCAUGCCAGACGUGAAAGCCCAUAUUCCAGAGAACAUGGAUGCGGACUCGGACGGGCUGAAGCGCCGAACUGAUGCGCACGCGAAAACGGACACUCCAGACGAGGCGAGUAAAGACAGCGCAAAUGGCGGGGCCACCGGGGCCACAGCGGCAGAUUCUGCAGAGAAAGAUGGGUCAGCGUCCCAGGAAAGCCUCUUCGAAUGCAAUAUUUGCCUGGAUACAGCCAGGGAUGCUGUAGUCAGUCGAUGUGGUCAUUUAUUUUGCUGGCCAUGUCUAUAUCAGUGGUUAGAAACCAGACCCAAUCGGCAAACGUGUCCUGUUUGUAAAGCCGGCAUCAGUAAAGAGAGCGUCACCCCCUUGUAUGGCAGAGGAAGCACAAAACAAGAAGAUCCAAGAGAUAAAAUUCCACAGCGACCACCUGGCGAGAGACCAGAGCCUGAAACACAAGGACCUUUCCAAGGUUUUGGGUUUGGCGAUGGUGGGUUUCAGAUGUCGUUUGGCAUAGGGGCGUUCCCCUUUGGCUUCUUUGCAUCCACGUUUAAUCUCGGGGAUGGAGGUAGAUUUAUGGGUCAUCCACAUCGUCCGCAAGCCCCGCCCAACCCCGACGAGCAGUUCCUCUCCAAGGUGUUUCUCUGGGUGGCUGUUCUCUUCGUCAUAUGGCUCCUUAUCGCUUGAAAUCCUGGCGUGGUCUGUAUCUCUCUGUGAAAAAAACUCUCAGCCUUUUAUUUAAAUUGGGUGAUAGUGCUCUCAGAAUCAACAUCAUUGGGGGUCAGUUGUUUUUGGAGGAUUCAAAAGGUUUCCUAGCAACAUUGCAUAUCAUAACUUGGAGUUAGCUUGAGGUCUGCCCAGAGUAAGUUUUUCGACUUUUCUCUCUUGUGCACUGAGUCAUCUGUUUUUUUUUUUCAUGCUGGUCAAAUCUUUUAUUUUAAACAUGAGUUACAGGUAACUUACUGAUUCAUGUUAAUUCUGCAGUUUUCUCUACACGUGACAUUUUAAAAUUGCACCCCUCCAGAAAUAUCCUCGAUCAAAGAUAUUUUUUUUUUCUCUUUUUUAAUGAAUACAAGCAAUCUUUACCAGCCUUUUUGUCACCAAUGAAAUGUAACAGAAAGAGAGUACAGGCCGAUGUAUGACACAAGAAUUUUUUAGCUUCACUGUAUCUAGGUAUAGAGCCUGAAAGUUGACCCCUGAUUACCUGCUCCUGGAACCCUCAAAUAGGAAAAACAAUGUGCAAAAAUGUAAGAAUCUGCAAUUAGUUUUGUUCAUUUACUUCUUAACAAAAACCACCUCCGAAAAUGACCUGCGUAAAAUAUUUACUAGCAUAUUAAUUUCUACAAACUUUAAAAUUGCCUGGAUUAUGGUGCUGGAAAAGUGACUUCUCACUUCCAAAAAUCUUAAGUAUGUGAUGACCUGUGCAGUGUGGUGUAUUGUACACAGAUGAAAGUUACAAAAUUAUUUUAUGGUAGUCUGUAGGUAAACACCUUGUUAAAAAAGGGACCAAAAUAAAUUUGGAAGUUUACCAUUUUUAAGGAAAUAAACUUUAACCACUUCAUGCCGGGGCAUUUUUCAAUGUUGAUGAUGCUGAGCCGGCAUGACUAUCAUUUUUUCUGUUUUCAAAAUCCUAUAAAAAUUUAUCAUUUGAUUUAACGGUCGUUUAGAACCACAUGAAGUAAUCUUUAGGCACUACUCUAAGUUGAUUGGUGACCUUCAUUGAUGCCCGAGUAUUUCAGCCAGGCCU